GAGACCAGGUUUCUCUGGGUAGCCCUAGCUGUCCUUGAACUCACUCUUGAUCAGACUAACCUUUGUCUCCCAAGUGAUGGGAUUACCAUUUUUAAUCUAUGUUUUUUUAGUUCUAGCUUUAUUGCAGAAAAUACCAGGUAAAACACUGUGAUAACAAAAAGUGCAAUGUGCAUUGCAUGUAAGUAAUCAGCAAAUCUAAUAAAUUAGAAAACAACAAAUGUUACUAAAUAUAAUUUUAUUAAAUUGGCUUUUGGAGGGAAAUUCUACUUUAUAUUGCCUUUAGCUGUGGGAUAGCUAGUGUGUAGUGGUUGAACCAGAGGACAACUCUGCAUGUCUUCCAGUCGGGCUGCCCCUGCUGUUACCUCAGCUGUUGCUGUCACUUUGAUGUGACACAGGAAAUUACGAAGGAAAGAGUAUUCAGUGUUCUUACUCCAUACUUCAUGGCUUUUGCUUCAGACCCUUGGUUGUUGUUGAAGUCCAGGACAACAAAGCUGUGUUCAUCCAUUCAGCUGUUCGUUCAUUCAUUUUUAUCCCCCCCCUUUUUUAUUCAUUUCUCCUUUGUUUUUUCCAGCUUAGCAGGUCAUACAUUCUUCAGGAGCUGAGAAUUCAUAAGUCUGUUCUUUGCCGUGAUUUGGAACUUCCAGUCUCAGAAAAGUUGACCAAGAAGGACCUCUCCUUCUGCAGGAUGACCUUCCCAGACCUCAGGAGGAUGAUCCCCUUAAGAGUUCCUGAACACUGAAAACUACACAUAGAACUCAUAGCUGUUGAGGAGUUACCUCCAUCACCCCUUCACCAUCUGGGGACGUAUUUUCUCUGUUAACUAGAAGCCAAGUCAUUUUGUUUGUUUGGCACAAGGCCUUGCUUUGUUGCCUAGGCUUCUUUGUAAUUCCUUAGCCUCCCAAAUGCUGGGAAUACAGACGCUUGCUUACUAAAGCAAUUUUCUGUCCUUGGCAUGGGCUCUUGAUUUUACCACAUACUUUCUCCUCAGGGACUGUACAGGACUGAGUCCAUAUGGAAGAAGAACUGCCUGGUUUCUAUGGAGAAAGUGGCAAGCCAGUCCAGGCUACCCUGUCGUCGCUGAAGAUGCUGGAUGUGGGGAAGUGGCCAAUCUUUUCCCUUUGUUCUGCGGAAGAGCUGCAGUUGAUUCGUCAGGCCUGUGUCUUCGGCAGUGCUGGCAAUGAAGUUUUAUACACCACAGUCAACGACGAGAUUUUUGUGCUCGGCACAAACUGCAGUGGCUGUUUGGGGGUAGGUGACAUUCAGAGCACCCUUGAGCCUCAGAGACUGGAUUCUUUAACUGGCAAAAAGAUAGCCAGCCUUAGCUACGGGAGUGGCCCACACAUCGUCCUUGCAACAACAGAUGGAGAAGUCUUUACCUGGGGUCACAAUGCAUAUAGCCAACUGGGCAAUGGGACAGCGACUCAUGGUUUACUGCCCUGCCAUAUCUCUACUAACUUGUCAAAUAAACAAGUCAUUGAGGUUGCCUGUGGGUCUUACCACUCUUUGGUCCUAACAUCCGAUGGAGAGGUAUUUGCCUGGGGUUAUAAUAACUCUGGGCAGGUAGGAUCUGGAUCAACCGCUAAUCAGCCCAUUCCUCGAAGAGUCACUGGCUGUUUGCAGAAUAAAGUAGUUAUGAACAUCGCAUGUGGGCAGAUGUGCUCCAUGGCCGUUGUGGACACUGGAGAGGUCUAUGUCUGGGGUUACAAUGGGAACGGGCAGCUGGGCCUGGGCAGCAGUGGCAACCAGCCAACCCCCUGUAGAGUGGCCGCCCUGCAAGGCAUUCGUGUCCAGCGGGUUGCCUGUGGCUACGCACACACAUUAGUACUAACAGAUGAAGGUGAAGUGUACGCUUGGGGUGCAAAUUCAUAUGGCCAGCUGGGCACUGGCAAUAAAAGUAACCAGUCCUAUCCUACCCCCGUUGAUGUGGAAAUGGACAGGAUCAUAGAGAUUGCAGCCUGUCACUCUGCCCACACAUCUGCCGCCAAGACCCAGGGUGGGCACGUGUACAUGUGGGGCCAGUGCCGGGGCCAGUCAGUGACCCUUCCCCACCUCACCCACUUCUGCUGCACCGAUGAUGUGUUUGCCUGCUUUGCCACCCCUGCCGUCACCUGGCGCCUUCUCUCCGUGGAACCUGAUGACCACCUCACUGUGGCUGAGUCACUGAAGAGGGAAUUUGACAACCCUGACACUGCAGACCUCAAGUUUCUGGUUGAUGGAAAAUACAUUUAUGCUCACAAAGUCCUUCUCAAAAUUAGGUGUGAGCAUUUUCGUUCUUCAUUAGAAGACAGUGAAGAUGAUAUUGUAGAAAUGAGCGAAUUUUCAUAUCCGGUGUUCCGAGCUUUCCUGGAAUACCUAUACACAGAUAACAUCAGCCUAUCUCCCGAGGAGGCAGUAGGAUUGCUAGACCUGGCCACAUUUUACAGCGAGACUCGGCUGAAGAAGCUCUGCCAGCAGACCAUCAAGCAGGGCAUCUGCGAGGAGAAUGCCAUCGCUCUGCUCUCCGCUGCUGUGAAGUACGACGCUCAGGAUUUAGAAGAGUUCUGCUUCAGAUUUUGUAUAAAUCAUCUGACUGUAGUAACACAGACUUCAGGAUUUGCAGAAAUGGACCAUGAUCUUCUGAAGAACUUCAUCAGCAAAGCCAGCAGAGUUGGAGCCUUUAAGAACUGAUCCCUAAUAUGGAAAGGGAUGUUUAAGCCUUUCCAUGUCACCCCUGCAAAAAUAAAUAAAUAAAACAUUAAAAAAAAAUAAAGGCCACUGAUAAACAA